AAAAAUUACUCCAAUGCAAUGGUUUUCACGGCUGCACCUUGUGCCUUCACAAUGCAGUAUCCUCAGGCAGCAGCUGCCCCGGAGAGGGCGUGCGCCCAUAACCUCGUGGUCCGGCGAUCAAUUUGCUUCUCCACCAAAAUAAUCAUUUCGGGGGAUCGACAGCUAGCCUUCAAUUUCAAUUUCAAAUCCACAAAGUUCAGCUCAGCACUUCCGUCCAGCGGUUUGAGGUCUAUGUCAAUAUCGCGUCCGGCAAACCACACUGUUGUACGAGCAAGUUCGACAUCUUCGUCGUCGUCAUCUUCAUUCUCCAGCUCAUCCUCACCGUGGGAUGAAAAACCUUACCAAGUUUUAUCGAAUGGCAAGAUAGUCUACUUGGACGAACAGGAUGUUGUCACAUUCCUUGACCCUCCCAAAGAGCUUAUUCCUUUAGACCCUUCUUCUUAUAAUCCCGCUUCUUAUCUUUGGAAGAAAAUUGGGGAUAUUCCCGACGAAAGGCGGCACAGGCUAUUAUCCUUGCUUAACCCAAGGUUGAUAUCACAAGCUUGGGAGAUUGCUGGCACACGGUACAAUAAUUCAAAGCUGGUACAGAAAAGUGCAUCUAGCUUGCUAGCAAUCGGAGAUACUGAAACAGUUGCUGAAUUUUGGAAGUGCCGGACGAGUGGAGGGCCACUGCAGAUUGCCUGGUUAAACUUCUUCAAAAAGGUUGUAUUUCGCACCGGUGAUGGGAGGGCAUACGGGCGACUCAUUAGCGAAUCAGUUUUCUCUGGGCUCUCAAAUUCAUUUUAUCCUCUGUACUUUACUGUUAGUGAACUCAAAGAAGUGAUGUCAACAGAACAGCCUUGUGAUUUAGCAUAUGAAUUCAAAGAUGGACUCUUGGAUCUCCCAGAUUUUCCUCAUGGUUUCCCUAAGCCAGCUGAGCAUCCAUGGCCCUUUAACGAUGAGAUUGUCAUAUACGUACGCCAUGUGGGGCCAGGAGUGAUGGUAGGGCAAGCCUGGCAAGAAGGAAAAGCGUUGCAACAGGUGCCUAAGAAGCUAUGCGGUGAAAUCUUGAUGGUGAAAGAGUAUUUAUCUUCUCAGCCACAAUCAAGCUAGUUAUGCACUGUUUUUUGUGUCAACUCUUUAUUCUCUGUUGUUUCUGUGACCAGAAGGUGCAGCUUUGUACAAUAGGUUCAACUGAACUCAAUAGUUCCGACACCUAACAUAAAAUUCUAAAGGUUGAAUUCAAAAAAUUUAAUUUCUAGAUCUGCCUGUCGCUGACCAA